AUGGUCGAGCUGCGCCGUUCGAUGGGCGGGCGUGGUAAGAAGGCCUCGCCGCCAUUCCUCUCGCAUGAAUUUAUCAUCCAGAAUCACGGGGACAUAAUGUCCUGCAUAUUGAUGGUCGUCGUUGUUGGACUUCUCUUCCAGGGCACAUCAGCAUUCGCGAGUAUUUUCAUCGUUCCGCAGUAUAAUGACACAUUUCCUCUAACGGCUGAUUCUGAGCCCCAGCUGUAUUAUCGAACUGGCAUAAAAGAUGUGGCAACAAUUGUUUUCUAUGCUGUUGGAUGGAUCACCGUGCAUGCAAUCCUGCAAGAAUAUGUCCUGGAUAAGUUGCAGCGAAAGCUUCAUUUGAGUAAGACGAAAAUGAGUAAAUUCGCCGAGUCCGGGCAAUUAUUCGUGUUCGCCCUCUAUUCUGUUCUACACAGUGGCAAGUUGUUUAUCAAAUUUUACAAGCAGACACGUCUUUCACGUUGUGCUGGAAUUGCCAGUUACAUAAUGCACGAUCUUCGGAUGCACAUCGACCUCACCAAACUGUGGAUUGGAUACCCGGAAAUCCAUCGUCACAUGACACUUCAUCUAAAGCUGUUUUUCAUAUUUCAGAUUGCAUAUUGGUUGCAUCAGUUCCCAGAAUUCUAUUUUCAAAAGACGCGCAAAGAUGAAAUGCAGCCGCGAACACUGUAUUCGCUUAUCUUUCUCUUCUUUACUGUUGUUGCAUAUGCUUUAAAGUAA